AUGCAAUGCGACUAUUGUGGAGUUAUGGUUGAUUGCGUAUCUUGCCUUCACUUACUUUCGAGCACUUUCCGUUGUAAAAUUACUGUUGCAUCAACAAAUGAGGAAAUUAUGCACCAUUGGGUCUAUGGGAAUCUGCCAUCGUGCAGCAUCUGCGGUAUAUGCAAUGAGCAAUGUGGUGAUGGUGUUGGCUUGAUAGAUUAUCGAUGUGCUUUAUGUCAGUUUACCGUGCACACACGCUGUAGGCAGCUGGUAAGUGGUCAAUGUACUAUGGGUGCCAAUUGGGAUUUCAUUGUUCCACCAACUUGUGUCACAGUACGUAAAGUUGGGAGUCGCCGCAAUAAGCAGCUAAUUGUUGACACAAUUUGUCGACCAAAUAAUAUUAACUAUUUAUUAUGGAAGCCACUUUUCGUUAUCGUUAAUCCAAAAAGUGGAGGAGCGGAAGGAUUUGCUGCAUUACAGACAUUUCGCAAGCUUCUUCAUCCGGUUCAGGUUAUAAAUAUUCGACAAAUCGGAAUAGGAACAGCACUGCGUUGGAUCAAUAUGUAUCCUGAAAUUGACUGUCGCAUCAUUAUCGCUGGAGGCGAUGGCACAGUUUCGUUAGCUCUAGAUGCCAUCAGCGAGUUUCAGCGGAAAUUACCCGUAGCUGUUCUGCCUUUGGGUACUGGUAACGAUCUGAGUAGAACUUUAGGAUGGGGAUCUGGUCAUAAAGGGUCUGUCGACUUCUUCGAGAUCUGUCGCGACAUGAGAAGUGCUAAGACAGUGAAAUUAGACAGAUGGACGAUUGAUAUUAUUCACAAAAGACAGUUAGGUAUUCGUGCCAAAAACAAGCGAUUCAGUAUGGUAAAUUAUGUUUCUGUUGGUGUGGAUGCUUGCGUUACUUACGGCAUGCAAUCAACUCGUGACAGUAUUCGCAAGAUAGUUUCAUCACGAUUUUUAAAUAAAGUUCUGUUCUUCACUUUCGGAACAAAGGAUGUAUUGGAACAUUCCUGUGCUAAUUUGGAUCAAAAAAUUGAACUAACUGUGGAUAGCACCGUCAUUCCAUUGCCGCCGAUAGAGGGCUUAAUUGUUCUCAAUAUUCCUUUUUGGGGUGCAGGGGUACGACCUUGGGUCAAUUUAUUUUCUCCACAAGCUAUCGAUGAUCGAAAAUUUGAAGUUUUUGGGGUACGUUCAUCAUUUCACAUUGCGCAGAUGCAAAUAGGUGUUUCUCAUGGUAUUUCGCUUGCCCAGGGAAGUACGUUGAAGUUGAGAAUUUUUGGUGCAACAUUACCAGUACAGUGCGACGGUGAAGCCUGGCUACAGUCACCCGGUGUUGUGCAUAUUACUCAUAAAGAUCAAGUUCUCAUGUUGGUUCACGGAAAUUUGCAUGUUGAAUAG